GAUUCUGGGAAGUAGGUCAAGUACUCGAGUAACAGUGACGUCCCUCUGCGUAAUGUCUCCCUGACGUUUAUCAGGAAAUAGAGCGAAAGGUCACAUGUUUAGAAUGUGUCAUUUCCAAUGGGGACAGGGGGAAUCCUGGCUAGGGUUGAAAGGUGAAGUUACCUGCUAUCGAACUUAAUGUUUAUGCUGCGUGAAAAUAAAAUUGGGAGCAAACAUGUUAAAAGUACUAAACCUAUUACCUGGGAAGCUUUCCACCAUAAGCUGCCUACAUACAGAGUGCCUGCAGUGCUGUAGAAGAAGAGCUUUUCAGAAUAGAAAAAUAAAAUAUUAUAUUCACCAUCACCGACAGUUUAACUUAUCAGCAGGAGAUGUCAAAUCACUGCGGACCAUCAUAAACCCUCCAGUAUCCAAGAUCAGAAAUAUUGGUAUCAUGGCACAUAUCGAUGCAGGCAAGACAACUACCACUGAAAGAAUGCUUUACUACUCUGGAUAUAUCAGGGCACUGGGAGAUGUUGAUGAUGGGGAUACAGUGACUGAUUAUAUGGCGCAAGAAAGGGAGCGGGGAAUCACCAUUCAGUCAGCUGCUGUUACAUUUGACUGGAACGGUCACAGGAUAAACCUGAUUGACACGCCAGGGCAUGUGGAUUUCACUGUUGAGGUAGAACGAUCCCUGAGGGUGCUUGAUGGGGCAGUUGCUGUAUUUGAUGCUUCAGCUGGAGUGGAGGCUCAGACACUGACAGUGUGGAGACAAGCGGACAGACACACCAUCCCACGCCUGUGUUUCAUAAACAAGAUGGACAAAACUGGAGCCAGUUUUAAUUAUGCAGUGGAAAGCAUCAAGGAAAAGUUAAAAGUAAAGCCGUUGGUGUUACAGUUACCAGUGGGCGAGGGCAAAUCAUUCAAAGGACUGGUGGACCUGGUCAGCAUGGAAACAAUUCUGUGGAAUCCGAGAGCCCAGGAGGAUGAUGGGAGACACUUUGAGAAGAAGGCUGUAAAGGAAAUAAGUGAUGUAGAAAUACUGGACAUUGCCACUGAUGGAAGGAAUGCUUUAAUAGAACAAGUUGCAGAUCUGGAUGAUGAAUUUGCUGCCUUGAUUCUAGGUGAAUACAGUGACCAUUUUGAUUUAGUGCCGCUUGAAAAGUUACAGAUGGCAAUACGGCGCAUCACUCUAGCACAGUUGGCGGUCCCCAUCCUGUGUGGAAGUGCUUUAAAGAAUAAAGGUGUUCAGCCUCUGCUGGAUGCAAUUACAUUAUACUUGCCUUCUCCAGAAGAUUUUUCUCAUGAUUUUGUAAAGUGGUAUCAAGGGGACUUGUGUGCAUUGGCAUUUAAAGUUAUGCAUGACAAGCAGCGGGGGCCCAUGGUGUUUGUGCGGAUAUAUUCGGGAAACAUGAAACCACAAUCUGCACUAUAUAAUGUGAACCAAAACUGCACAGAGAGGAUGAGCCGUUUGCUGCUGCCAUUUGCUGACCAACAUGUUGAAAUUCCUUCACUGUCAUCAGGCAACAUUGCUCUAACUGUUGGCCUGAAGCAGGCAGCUACAGGGGAUACCAUUGUCUCCUCUAAGGCGGCGGCAGCGGCUGCUGCACGCAGAGCAGGCCGGGAGGGGGACAAGAAGCACAGAGAUGGGAAGACAGAGGGAAGCCUUGUUCUGGCUGGUGUGGAGAUACCAGAACCUGUCUUUUUUUGUACCAUUGAGCCUCCCUCUGCAGCCAGACAGCCAGAUUUGGAAAAUGCUUUAAGGUGUCUCCAGCGGGAAGAUCCAAGCCUGAAAGUAAAGGUGGAUGCUGACUCUGGCCAGAUGAUCCUGUGUGGGAUGGGCGAGUUGCACAUCGAGAUUAUCCAUGAGCGCAUCAGGCAGGAGUAUGGACUAGAGACCUAUCUUGGACCAUUACAGAUUGCAUACAGGGAAACCAUCCUGAGUGCUUCUAGUGCUUCAGAUACCCUGGACAGAACAGUGGGGGAUAUGCGGCACUUGGUUACAGUAGAACUGGAAGUGAAACCCUGUGCCACUGACGGCCAUGGACCAAACCCAGUUAUUGAAUAUGCUAAGGAGAUUUCUGAGCCGCUACUGAAAGACUUUCAAGAAGCAGUGGAAAAUGGCAUCAGCAGCUCAUAUCUGCAAGGUCCCCUGCUGGGUUCCCCCUUGCAAGAUGUUGGGGUUACUGUAAAUUCAGUCAGUGUGCAUCCGGGUACCUCUGUUACAAUGGUGUCUGCCUGUGUUUCCCGGUGUAUGAGUAAGGCACUGAAGAAAGCAGAGAAACAAGUGCUGGAGCCUCUGAUGAAGCUGGAGAUCACUGUGAGCGAGGAGCAUCUGAGCUGUGCGCUGGGGGACCUUGCACAAAGGAGGGGCAACAUUCAGGAAAUACUGAGUCGCUCAGAUAACAAAGUUGUGGUUGCGUAUGUUCCUUUAGCAGAAAUGAUGGGUUACUCUACAGAUCUGCGCUCCUUGACAUCAGGCUCAGCGACAUUUACCCUCGAGCUGUCUAAUUAUGAAGCAAUGAACAUGCAAGAUCAGAACGCUUUACUCAAGAAAAAGGGCUUUGCAUAGUCUGUAGCAUUACCUUAUCGCUAGCCACUGCCCCACUGCUGCUUCCCACCAACAUUCUCUAUUUAUUGUCCUAUUGAACAUAGAAAUACUUUUCCAAUAAAACAGGAAAUACCAUUACCACGUCAAUGUAACAUUUGUACCCCACAUGGACUGAAAUAACCCUACGGGGAGCCGAUUAUCAGCAAUCUGUAUUUAAGAGCUGCCUGCAGGAUCUGACAGCAAGGCGAGUAGCAAUAUAAGGCAGUGGGCUACGGUUUAUGGGACACAACAUGUUUCGGAAGCUCUAACUGCCAGCUGAGGAGCACUCAGAAAUGAUACAGGGGACCUGUCGCCCAGACAUAAAAAGCUGUAUAAUAAAAUUCCAUAAAACCUAAA